GGCCCGCCGUGCUCUCCGGAUCUGACUUUUGUCCGUGAGGCAGCAGCCCCUUGGCGUCAGGGUUGUCGCGUAGGAGAUAAAGUCGGAGGAGGCGAACGACUCUCUAGAGCGCGCCCCCACCAGUACAGCACAGUAAGAGCUCGGGCUCUGGGUGAGGAUCCAGGCUCCACCAUUUACAAGCUGUGGGAUCCUGGAUGAGUUAACCUUUCUGGACCUCUGGUUGCCCACCUCUAAAAUGGGAUUAGCUGAGGGUUGAAUGAGCUGGCAGGGAGAUUGUCUUCCUCUUCUCCAGGAUGUACAGAACCAAGGUGGGCUUGAAGGAUCGCCAGCAGCUCUACAAGCUGAUUAUCAGCCAGCUGCUCUACGACGGCUACAUCAGCAUUGCUAACGGUCUCAUCAAUGAGAUCAAGCCGCAGUCCGUCUGUGCACCCUCCGAGCAGCUCCUGCAUCUCAUCAAACUAGGAAUGGAAAAUGAUGAUACUGCAGUUCAGUAUGCAAUUGGUCGGUCAGACACAGUUGCCCCUGGCACAGGAAUUGACCUAGAGUUUGAUGCAGAUGUCCAGACUAUGUCCCCAGAGGCUUCAGAAUACGAGACAUGCUAUGUCACAUCCCAUAAAGGACCGUGUCGUGUAGCUACUUAUAGUAGAGAUGGGCAGUUAAUAGCUACUGGAUCUGCAGAUGCUUCCAUAAAAAUACUUGACACAGAAAGAAUGUUGGCCAAAAGUGCCAUGCCAAUAGAGGUCAUGAUGAACGAGACUGCACAGCAGAACAUGGAAAACCACCCCGUGAUUCGAACUCUUUAUGACCACGUGGAUGAAGUCACAUGUCUCGCUUUCCACCCAACAGAGCAGAUCCUCGCCUCUGGUUCAAGGGAUUAUACUCUUAAAUUAUUUGAUUAUUCCAAACCAUCUGCAAAAAGAGCCUUCAAAUACAUUCAGGAGGCAGAAAUGUUGCGCUCCAUCUCUUUUCAUCCUUCCGGAGACUUUAUACUUGUCGGGACUCAGCAUCCUACUCUUCGACUUUAUGAUAUCAACACAUUUCAGUGCUUUGUCUCUUGCAAUCCUCAAGAUCAGCACACCGAUGCCAUAUGUUCUGUGAAUUACAAUCCCAGUGCCAACAUGUAUGUGACUGGUAGCAAGGACGGCUGCAUCAAACUGUGGGAUGGCGUUUCAAAUCGAUGCAUCACAACUUUUGAGAAAGCACAUGAUGGUGCUGAAGUUUGCUCAGCCAUUUUUUCCAAAAAUUCAAAAUACAUUCUGUCAAGUGGGAAAGACUCUGUAGCUAAACUUUGGGAAAUAUCAACAGGACGAACACUUGUCAGAUACACAGGCGCUGGCUUGAGCGGACGGCAGGUGCACCGGACGCAGGCCGUCUUCAACCACACGGAGGACUACGUGCUGCUACCCGACGAGAGGACCAUCAGCCUCUGCUGCUGGGACUCGAGGACGGCUGAGCGCCGGAACCUGCUCUCGCUGGGCCACAACAACAUCGUGCGCUGUAUCGUGCACUCGCCCACCAACCCCGGCUUCAUGACCUGCAGCGACGACUUCCGGGCACGAUUUUGGUACCGGAGGUCGACCACGGACUAGCGCCGCCCACCUGCGUCAGAUAGGGCUCUUGUCCCGAGGACUCUGCCCCUCCUUCCCCUUGUGUCCCGUCACCAACUUCAGUCGUAAGUCAUUGUACCAUCUUUGGCAGUUAUGCUGCCGCCUCUGCGUCCUUCUGGGAUUUGUACAAAAGAGUCUUUUUUUACCUUGAUGGAGAAUCAUGGUGGAAAAAGUUGGAAACACAUCUGUGCGGUUGUUCUGCACUCACUGAUUAUUACAGUGUGAUUUUCAUCGGUUUUGUAAAUACAGGACUGGCUAUUUCUCUUGAUCAUUUGAAGAAGGAUGGGGUAUUAAAGUGCUUUCUAGAUCUCCAGUGGAUCUGUCAUGAGGAAUGUUUACUUGGAUAUUUUGUCAGCUUCUGUGCCUGUUCUACAUCCCCUUUGUAUGUUUCCUUUCAGAAUACAUUUUGGCAGAUAAGUAGGCAUCCAGCUCUGAGAAUCAAGAGUUUUAUGCCAUAUUAAAACCAUUUUGGAAAAUCUAUCCAGUCUACCCUAAAGUGACAUCAUUCUGAUAAUAAGGCUCAGAUCUGCAGCUUUGAACACAUUUUUCACUUCAGUAAAAUUAAUGGCCAGCAUCCCCUGAAGAUUUAUAGGAGGUGUAUCUCCCAUCACAUCUCGAGACCACAUUAUCCUUUCACAACCUAAAAGGCUUGUCUGCAGUUAGUGUAUUUCUAAUAAGAUUAUUACCGGUCUAUGGGAAGCAGAAAAUAUAUCCGACGUAAUCAUAGCCAGGUGAGCCCACUCUCGCUCUCAGGUGUCGCUCACCUUCACGAGUGAUUAUUAUCAAUUGAUUUUGUUCUUUUGUAAUUUCAAAUCUUACUUUUCAGUUCCCUUCAACAUAAGGCGUAACUACUCAUCCUGGAUGCACCCAACAGCUGUGUUCUCAGAAGAUUUUUUGCAAUUAACCAACUAAUACAAGUUUUCUUACUCUUGAAACUUUUUAGGCAGUGACAAUAUUUCUGUGGAUUCAACGCUAGCUAGGUCAGGGAGCCCUGAGCCCCCCUUACAGAGAGAGACUUUUGUUUAUCCCCCAAUACAAAUACCUCAUGAUCUGGGUAGGAGUACCUAGAAGUAUAACCUGGGGUCAUUUGAUAAAGAUAUUAAAUAGAUUAAAGUAAUGGUUUUAUGUGAUAGGAAUUUUUUAGUCUUCUGAAGCUUAUUGUAUAAAAAUUCUGCUUAAGACAUCAUCCUUAAGGAUCAUUUUAACUCUUUGGUCUAAAAACCAUUUUCAGCCUUCUUAACAUGUUAAGUCACAGAUUUUAGUUCAGAUUUACAAAGAGCUAUAUUUUUUUGGUCCAUAGUGAGAUUAAAUUUAUUUUGUGUCCUGAUUCUCCAGUAUUUGAGCUUGGCCAUCUGUGGGUGCUGUUUUUGUAAGACCAAAAGAAACCUACUGAAUAGAAACAAGGAUAAUCAGUUCUACCCCCAAAAUUACCAACCAAAGCUACUCAUGUUUUCUGACUUUUAGGCUAUGAAACUGUAAAGCAGAGGUUUAACUUUUCUGCGUGUUCUCUCUGGCACACACACUGCAAUGACCACGCUGCACUCCUGAUACAAGUUCCAUGGGACCUUUUUAACUGUUCAUGAAUUUAAAUGAUAAUGCCUACUUUUUCCAACUUUUGGAAUAGUCUCAGCAAUGGACUGUAGUUUCAGGAUUUCUGUGUACAAGAUCAAGAUGUUUUUGUAUGUUUCCAAAACUGACUAAAUUUUUUUUUUUAAAUCACAAUGUUUCAAACUGGUGUAAAUGCCAGGGACAUUGCAUGGACUUGGUUUCCUCACAUCAUUAUUUAUACCACAUAACACCCUGACCUUCCGAUGGUGAGUAAUAUCCAGGCAAGAUAAGAACUUAUAACUUCUAUGUUAUUUUUUAAAGAUAUGUGAUUUCUAAAAUAAACUUUUUGUAUAUAAUGAUAA